UUUAAGCGCACCAAGACGCCUGCCGCUCCACUCCAAAAAGCCGAGACUUUCGGAGACCCACACAUACCCACAGUGGUGUUACGAUAUAUUACCCAACAACAGUCGGCGACCAUGAAUCUGCGGUAUAUCUGCACUGUGGCUCUCGUGCCAACGCUCUGCGUGCUGCUGGUGCUUCUGCUGGAAUUCGUGGAGGAGGGCCUGGCCCAGAAUUCCGACCCCCUUUUCGAGCUUCCCGUCCAGCUGGUCGGCUUCCCCGUAAUCGUGCUAUCCGUCCGCCUGUCCCAGUUCGCCAAGAAGUUGGCCUACUCCCUCAGUCCCAGUACAUAUAGAUCUCGCACCAGAAGGGAUACCGCACAUCCUUUGGCUCUUGAUGCUGAACUGGCCCAGAAACAGAUCCUGGGUGAGUUCGGACCCCAAGCCUGCAUCCUGGAGGAGCCGUGCCGUGUCCACGCCUCCAAAUAUUCAGGCAGUUCGGAUGGCCGAUUCCCUGAUGGAAAAGCAAAGCCACAUGCUGCCUGGUCGGAAGUGUUGAGGAACUACAAAGUGCAAUCGGGCGUCAGUGGGAUGAAGCAAUGGUACCUUCUAUCCCUGUUCAUCGGCGAUGCUGUGCGGGAUGUGCCCCUGUGCAAGCACCUGGCCAAAAGGAUGCCCUGUCCAGGAGUCGGACCUCUGCCGGCGCCCCAACCGCGAUGAAGAUCUGGUCGGAUGCGCCUCCUCAGGGGCAUUUCGUAUCGAGGAGGGAGGAUGAGCAUCCGGAUGGAGUCCCCUUAGUCAGUCGCAUCGGACAUCUUUGUUAAUCAUCCAUCUCUCGGCACUCACAUCCAGCUGCCAUGUGCUGUCCUUGUACAUCCCAUCAUUUCGUUGUACUUUUAGUUGAUUUUAAGGGUUUUAAUUUAAACGAACGACCGCCAACAGACGUAGGCGCUUAGAUUUAUGAGUAAGCAAAUAAAUAAACAAACCAGUUGGAAAAAAUCAA